AUGGACCCCUACGACAGCGACUCCAGUGUCGACGAAGACUUUACCGAAACCGGUGUGCUACUCGGCUACGCUGCCGAGGAAGUCGUCGAGGACACCAUCAGCCACCUGGGCGGCUGGCCGAAAUGGCUCGAUGACAAGACCCCGCCUCCGGGCGACUAUGCAAACUGCAAAGUCUGCAAUAGCCCGAUGAUCCUACUCCUCGAAUUGCACGGCGACUUGCCCGACCACUUCCCCACCGACGAGCGCCGUCUUUACAUCUUCGGAUGCCCUAGAAAGCCCUGCAACCGCAAACCAGGCAGCGUCCGCGCCUACCGCUCAAUCCGCAAGGUCACUUGGGAGAGCAUCCAGGAACAAUGUAAGCCAGUGAAGGAGGAGAAGAAGGUGGAGCCGAAGCCAAGCGCACCCCCCAAGCCCAGGACAGAUCUGGGCGCGAGUCUAUUCGGCGCUACGUCGUUGACGAGCAGUGUAUCUGCAAGCGCGAACCCAUUCUCCAAUCCCUUCUCGUCGAACCAGGGCUCAGCGGCGUCUGCUGCCAAUCCGUUCGCGACGCCCAAGCCCGCAACGACGACCCCCGUCCCCGCCCCCGCCCCGUCCACGCCCUCAAUCAAUGUCCUGGCCGAAUCAUUCGCUGACAAAGUCCGGCUUUCGUCUCCAGGCCCUACGAAUCCCUCUGCUGCCACCAAACCCAAGCCCGAAUCCCAGGCUCAGACUCCCUGGCCCGCACAGUCUGAGUUCCCCGCUCCUUAUACCAAUUUCUUCCUGGACGCCGAGUACGAGACUAUGUCUCGCCCGUCUACACCUAAGAUACCCGAUAACGUGACUAUGGAGCCUAUGGACGAGGAAGGCCAGAGCAGCGGCACCGCUGAGCUGAAGGAUACCUUUGAGUCGGAGCUCGACAGGGCUUUUAUGAAGUUCUCUAUGCGCCUUGAGCAUAACCCGGAACAAGUGCUGCGCUAUGAAUACCGCGGUACGCCACUGCUUUACAACUACGCAGACCAGGUUGGUAAGCGCUUGCAUACUGAGCACUCUGCUGGCCAUGUGACCACCACAGGUGGUGGGAACUUGCCGCCUUGUGAUUACUGUGGCAGUCCGCGCGUGUUUGAAAUGCAGCUUGCGCCGCAUGCUAUUAGUGUGUUGGAGGAGGGACGCCCGGGCGUUGGCCUUGGUGAGGGCGACGCCGGUAUGGAAUGGGGUACUAUUAUUCUUGGUGUUUGCAGCAAGGAUUGUGGACCCGAGACGAUUGGUCAGGUUGGCUGGCGCGAGGAGUGGGCUGGAGUGCAGUGGGAAGAUUUGAAGUAA